CUCGGACGAUUUUUUAAAACGCAACAUGGCGGGCAGCGAGGAUGGGAACCCAUCCGACGAAGACAGCGAAUGGUCUGAUUUUAGUGGCAAUAGCGCAAAAACAAAUAUUUUCGACGACGUGACUUUUGGUCUCAGAUCUCUGGAUCCUGUUGGUGUCAUCAAUACUCUAAUUGCGUGCUUUCCGUGGCAAUCAGACCUUACAUCAGCUGGUAUAAGCGACGGAGCGCCUUGCGCGAAUGACAGAAUUCUCGACCGUGUUGAUCCUUCACUGGAAACUUACGGAGAGCCUUUGACUUGGCGGGGUUCACUUACAGAGGUUAAAUUUUCCAGGGCGUUGAAUCUUCCAUCGUGUAGCAAUGGAAAUAAUUUGCCAGCUUGGCAAAAUGAAGAGGACACUGAUUUUGUCUCAACAAGAACUUUUGACUUUCACAAACUUGCUGAAAAAUUCAGCACACAAAACUCUAGUAAAAGAUGGAGUAGCGAUUCUAAUGGACUUCCAGAGGACUUUGUUUUAUCAAAAUCUUCUGAUCCACUCUCUUCCACUGCUGCUGAUUCUGAUGGUGAAAAUGAGGAUGAAAUUUUUCUUGUCUUCCGAGGAAAACCAAACAAUCGGACAUCAAGUUUUGAUGAGUGCCAAGCUGCAGCAGGGCUCUCUGAGCUUUCAAAUGGAGAACUUUUAGACUUAAAACAGGAGAUGGCUGCCUAUGUCAAAGAGUACUCAGAUGUUCUUGUUGAGGAAUUGACACUUAGGGAGGAAUUAGAGAGAGAAAAAGAAAUAAAAAAUAACUUUAUCUCAACAUUAUUAGCUGUUCAAUCCAGAAUACGAGAAAUACAGUCUAGCCAAGGAAAAGGGAAAAAAGGAUGGUCUGCUAAUUCAGGAAAGUAUUUAACCACAGUGAUACCUUAUGAUGAAUUUGGUGGAGGUCCAAGCACCAAAGUAUUGUUGAGGUUGAUUGAAAUUAUGGAGGCGCUUAUUGCAGACAGCCCUACUGUUCCUAGUCUGCUUACUGAAUAUAUAUUAAAAGUACUGUGUGCUGAAGACUAGAAAGAGUCCUCCCUGCACUCUGGCCGCCCCAUGUAAAUGUUUCUGUCUCAAAGUGAGUGAUGGCAGUACCACCAAUGAUGACUACGACAAUGCAAGCAAUUCCGUUGGGCCUUGGUUCCUCACAAAUGGUUGAGAACUCAAAGACUUAACCCCUGCGCAUAUCUUGCAGUCACUAGUUGAGCACUUGGCAUGUCUAUUUGUGGGUCACAUGCUUCAAAAUGGUCAUGAUCCUGGGAGAUCGUGUCAACAGUAAAGAUAUAAAAGUAAUCUUCGUGAGUCCCAGUUGAUAUCUGAGAAGUAACUACAGUGGAGAGAGCAAGAUAGAGAAUUGGAAGGGUCAAAAAGUGUUCCAAGAAAUUGGAAUACUCAGUCACUUCCUGUUAAGAAACGCUUUCCUUCCAGUCCUCAGUAUUUAAAGACUUUUUCAGAUUAAAUGCAACAAUUCUAUCUUCUUUCAAAUGACAAUGAGAACACAUGUCAAAAAAAUGCUGAAAAACAUACAUGUAAUACUUGAAAUUCAACAUAGUCAUACAGGUAUACUCAGUCUUCUUCAUUGUGCCAAACAGCAUCUUUGACAAGUUUUCAUUGUUUAGAAAUAUUCCACUGAAAUGGAGAGAUGUCUGCAGAAAAUAUUGAUAUUUAUUUUCUAAUAUUUUUUAAUAAUUUGUUUAUUUGAUCUUUUUCUUAAAUAUUAUUUUUUUAUGUAAUAUUUCCAAAAUAAUUUAAAGAAUUAUCAAUUGUGCAUUGCUUAAAGCUGCUUCACAGAGUUAGGUAACACAUGUUUACAUAGGCUAAUGCAAACCGUUAUGUUUGAGUGAAUUUGUGCUAUGAGCUAGGAUUAUGUAGGGAAUUUUGUGUCAUCCAAACUUUAGGUUUGCAUCAGCAUGUCUAAACACAAAGGAUUGUUUUAUAAAAUAAAACUAUGAAGUUUAGCUCGAUGUUGUAAAGGUAUUUUGUUCAAGAAAUAGAAAAUGAAUUGAGUAUUUCAUCAUAGCUGGAGAAAUAUAACUGGAAGCCUGGUCAAACAAGAAAUGUUGUAGAAAUAUGAGCAGUUUCUAGUUCUUCCAAACUUAAUAAACAUUUCUCAGUGCUUAAAUGUUUUCUUUUUCCUUUGCAGUACAAUCCAUUGAGAUCCAUCUUUUCUCUAGGCAUAAAAAUUGUGGCUUUUUUCCAGCCAAAAAGUGCAACUGUGUUUGCCAUGCUUUGACCUCAUGCAAACCGUUUAAGCAGCCAAUCAAAGACCAUGUUACAUGUUAAUUUUUAUAAAUUUCAAUUCAAAGUAUUGCCAAAUAUAUAUUGUAAAUACAGAUAUUAAUAUAUGAAAAUAAAUGCUCUUCUUUUCCAUUCUGGUUUUCUCGUCACAUAUUAAACAGUGGUUGGAGAACUAAUCAGUUUUUGUCAGUCCCUUUGCACAGUGUAUGUAAUUGGGCAAACCAUAGUAGUAGAGCAAAUACAUUUGUUCUGGACAAUAUAAUAUCAGUGUUGUAUCUGUGUUACAAAUAAAAUAUUGCUUACAUUAAGAGAAACCUCGCCAUUAGGGUCUCAACAGUGAAACACCACUGAGAAGACACUUGUGGUGUGCUUGCAUCAUCAUUGGCUCAUGUCCCAGCAUCAAUUUCUUGUAACAGUAUGGUCUCCUCUUCUUUGAUGGCAUCGGAGGUGGCUUAGUGGGCCAAUCCUUGCUUAGAAUUUGCGAGGGCAGUGAGGGUACGGGAGGGUGGGUGGUGGAUGAGGGGCUGCAAAGUCGUGUUUUUGUUCUUCACAUUUCUCUUCCGGCUUAUUGCCUCCUUUCUUAAAAGUAGCCUGACAAGAUUGCAAUGAGAAGUUAUUUGAUAUAUAUUUUCCAGUCAUUCUGUACUUUUACCAAAUUUGAUUAUUUUACAUACUAUUCAUUGUUUCAGACCAGUUUUCCUCUCAGAAAAGAUAACCUUACUCAAAGUAGGUAACAUGAAUUGGAAUAUUGAGAAUGGUCACCAACUACUAGUUCCCGUAGCUCUUGUGGAGUGAGUUUAAGAAAGUUCUUUUGCCCUUAGGCUCGAUUUGAAGGAAAUUGAGCAGCUCCCCUGCUCUCUUGGUGUCUGUUUGGUUUGCUAUCUGUUCUGUCUUGUACCCCAAACUCUUGCACUCUUCUCCCACUUCAUACUCACUGACAAACAAAAAGCAACUGCCAUGCAGGCAUUGUAACAAUUUUGUUACAAUGCAGUAAGUUGAGGGAGUGAAAGGGAAAAAUCUCUUAUACUAAUCUUUAUCAGAAUGUACUCCUCUAAGAUCUGAGAGCUUGGAACAAGUUGAUGCAAACCUGAGGGACUAAUUAAAAUUUACUGCGAUGAAACUGUUUUCCACCAUUUGCAGUAAACAGAUAACUUUCUGUGAAAUUUUGGACAAGCAAUCUUAGUUUGUAGAUCGCAGUGUCAAACACAUUUAUGGACUUGACUGAUGUGAGAGGGUAGCAAAAGGGGGUUGUCAUCCCAUUUUAAAAUUUGUAUGUCAUACAUGUUAUGCUACUUUUAACAAUGGCUUUUUCAUAUAUUCACAAAUCACAUGACUGUCUCUUAGUUGCUUUUGUCACGCAACAUACUGAAGCCGCCAAACGGACUCGCAAGUAGAAAACAUGGAUCUACUUCCAACUCCGUUUGGCCAGGCCCUACGGGCGUGUUGACUUGCGAUGAUUUGCAGGCUGACGCAAGUUUUUCACCAUUUGGCCACCCAAAUCAAGUCAACACAAGUUACUGGCGUCCAUUAACCUUUUAUUAGCCAAGGAAAUACAGGAUGUGUCUGCCUUAAAACGGGUUUUUUGCAACUUGUGUUUACUUGCAAGGAAACUUGCGAGUCCGUUGGGCCACCUAACACAAGUCUCCAUGCAAGAUCAACUUGCAGCUACAUGUACUUGUAACUACUUGUGAGUCUGUUUGGGCAGGGCUUAGGUUUUGCCCUCAUCCAUUCCAACUUAGAACCUUUGCCACUCUCGUGUAAUUUACGUGAAUGAUUCACAACACAAAGUUAUUAUGAUGAAACGACGUAGGAGUGGUCUCCAGUGUGUUGUAUCAGAUUUCUAACAGAUGUAAAGUUGCUGAUAUUCACAAAUCAGACUGACAAGAAACCACAGCUUAAUUUAUUGAAAAUCAUUAAAUAGACAAGAAAUUUUACAUCCAGUGCAACACCAUGAAUGGACUAUUUCAAGCUCCAAAAUGUUGAGAGUGAGCAAAAACAUCUUACAAAUAUCUCCGACUCAUCUCUUUUGCAAGAGCUUAUUGGUAUUAUACAUGUACUCUAUCUCCAUUAUCUGAGAGCUUGGAACAAGCUUAUCCAACCCUUAGGCAGUCCAUUUGCUUUAACAUACAUGUGACUGUGCACAAUUU